UUAGUCUCCGAGAGUCACUUUUUCGCGUUUUCUCCAACUUCGAGGUCGCUAACCUCACCGGUCAUAAUCCUGAAAUUUCUUUGAUGGACCGCCUCGCCUGAUCAUGAGUUGAGGCUCCUACAAUCCCAUACCUACUCGCAAAGUGGCCUCAUCCCUCCCGUCCCCGGACACACCAUGGCGCCUCUUGAGAAUGGCCAAACCAAUGGCCUGAACGGCGAUGCUGUAUCUUCAGCAAUCCCAUUGAGCAAUUUGCGCUUUUCCGACAUCCCCGAUGCUAUCGACAUUCCCGCAUCCAGCUUCGACAGCGAAGUCGAAGUUAGCUUGCUCGAGCUCCCCGAUGACCCGACUGAGCUUUGCACCCUCUUGGAGAACGAAAAAGCGGCCAAGAAUUUCUGGGUGAUCAUUGCGCUCGCCUACGCGAAGCGAAAGCAGAUUGACCAUGCCAUCGACAUCUUGACUAAGGGUCUGGCCUCCGUCGCCCACGGAGCGACAAAGGAGAAACUCGGCCUGCUGGGCUGGAUCUGCUGGAUGCUGCUUCUGAAGAGCCGACACGCUCCUCGAGUCGCACCUGAAGGAGAACUAUACUCGGAAGCUAAGACGAAAGAUCACUACCUCCAACUUGCGACGUCGACGUUGAACGAGGCUUCACGACUCAACCCAGCUUACCCUCCUCUCUUUCUGGCGCGUGGCGUCUUAUGUCUCCUCCGUGCAUCACUAUACCCACCUCGUGCUGUUCGCCCGGGUGCGAUUGAUACCUCGGAAAGAGUCGAGUCGCUGCGGCAGGCUCUGAAAUGUUUCGACGAGUCAUCUAAAGCCUUUGGCGGCCGGAAUAUCAUGGCUAUUCUGGGACGUGCCCGCGCGCAUUACAUGCUAGGAAGAUACGCAGAUGCACUUGAAGGAUACCAGAAGGCUCUGAUCAAGAUGCCUAACCUCACAGAUCCUGAUCCUCGUAUUGGUCUAGGUUGCUGCUUGUGGCAGCUAGGAUUCAAGGAUCAAGCCAAGGUAGCUUGGGAGAGAUCGCUGUCUCUGAAUCCCGAGUCCAAGGUUGCCAACGUCCUGCUCGCAGUUUACUACCUCCACGACAGCUCUCGCCGAGCCACCACUGACCCUAUGUUUGGGUCAAUGUACAAAUUAGCCAUGACUCAAUACACCCAAAAGGCAUUCAAGCUGGAUAAGGAAUACCCGAUGACCUGCUCCAUGUUCGCCAGCUACUUCCUCCUCCGCAAAUCAUAUCCCACCGUCGAGACAUUGGCACGCAAAGCCAUCGAGCACACAGAUGUCAUGUCUAUUGCCAGUGACGGCUGGUACCUUCUUGGUCGCAAGUCGCACUAUGAAGGCGACGAUGCCCGUGCUACCGAGUUCUACAACCGUUCGGAUCAAGCCCGCGGUGGAGUCGACAAGGGCUAUCUUCCCGCCAAAUUCGGCGCUGUGCAAAUGCAGAUCACGAACAAGGACUUUGACGGUGCCAAGUUCCGACUAGAGAAGAUUGUCCAGCAAGCGAAGAACCCGGAGGCGAUGACCCUCCUUGCUGCUAUUCACGCGGAAGAAGUCUUCGCUGCUCAGAAGUCCGGCAGCAAGGAAGACAAGUCGACCGAGGCAAAGCGAGCCAUAACUCUGCUUGAGUCAGUGCGCUCUAUGUGGAAGGAUGAGAAGCAAAAUAUCUCUCCCGACGAGUCGGUUCUUGUUUAUCUUUCUCGUCUCUACGAGGGCACAGCUCCAGAUAAGAGCAUGCAGUGCCUGACCCAACUGGAACAGAUCCAGAUUGCUGAAAUUCCCGAGGAUGCUCGACCUGAUAUCGAGGACCAGGAUAAGAUGAACGCUGCUCUUAGGGAGAGUCUCCCCCCGCAGCUCCUCAACAACAUGGGCUGCUUCCUUUACCAGAACGAGAAGAUCGCUCUGGCUCGUGGCUUGUUCCAGUCUGCACUCAACGCCUGUGUGCAAUCCAAAGAAAAAGAGGAUGGCACUGAUACCGAUGCGCUUGUCACCACAAUCAGCUAUAACCUUGGACGGACUUACGAGGCAGCCGACAUGUGGGACGAAGCCAAGAAGGUCUACGAAGGUCUUCUGGAGCGUCACUCUGACUACACGGAAGCUAAUGCACGCCUGACAUAUAUUGCCCUCCGCCAGAGCCCUACAGAUGAGGGUCCUAAGAAGAUUGGCAAGCUCUACGAAGCGGACAGUACAAAUCUGGAAGUUCGGUCGCUCUACGGAUGGUAUCUCAGCAAGGCGAAGAAACGAGUCGCCAACCUUGCUGAAGAUAGCGAGCAACGUCAUUUCAAGCACACUUUGCAGUACUAUGACAAGCAUGAUCGCUACGCGUUGACUGGAAUGGGCAAUGUGCAUCUCCUUGCCGCCCGUGACAUGCGCCGCGACACAGACCAAGAGAAGGAAAAGCGUCGCAAGAUUUACCAGCGUGCUGUAGAGUUCUUUGAUAAGGCCCUCCAACUGGACCCCAAGAACGCAUAUGCGGCCCAGGGUAUUGCGAUCGCCCUGAUCGACGACAAGAAAGACCACAGCUCUGCUGUGCAAAUCUUGUCCAAGAUUCGCGAUACGCUCAAGGACCCCAGCGUCUACCUCAACUUAGGACAUGUCUUCGCUGAACUCCGUCAGUUCUCACGGUCAAUCGAACACUACGAGUCUGCAUUGUCCAAGGAUCGUCAACGUGACGUGCAAAUCUUGGCUUGUCUUGGUCGUGUAUGGUGGCUGCGAGGCAAGCAGGAGGCGAACUUGGCCGCAAUGAAGACAGCACUAGACUACGCCACGCGUGCACGCGACGUCUCUCCGGAUCAACUUCACCUGCAGUUCAACGUUGCUUUCGUGCAGAACCAAAUCGCCUCACUCGCAUACGGUCUGCAGCCUACCCAGAAGACCCUCCAAGAUGUCCAAGAGGCAGCAGAGGGUCUCAAGGAGGCCAUUGAAACCUUCGAGCGUCUUUCCAAGGAGAAGAACCCCCUACCCCAGCGCCGCAUUGGAGCAGCGAGCCAACAUGGGACGCACGAUCAGCAAGCAGCUUGA